ACACACGAGCACGCACAACUGGCCUCUACAGUACAAAUCGAGCUCCCACGCCGGGCUUCGAUCUGCCACUGAGUCACCAUGGUGUCUUUCUGGCCCUGGAAGGGCAGCGAAGACGCCGCGUCUUUUGAGAGAACACUCAACGCCCUCACUGGCAAGAUCAACAGAGCCGCCGCGCGAAAUGACAAACAGAAGCAGCUUGCGCGCCGCGCGCGUGUCAUGUGGACGCUAUAUGCUGGCUUUGCAUAUAUUCUGAUCGCCGUCGUCCUCACUUUUGUCACUGGCUGGCAGAAUUGGGGUCCCAUUGAGGGGUCUGUUGUCGCGGGCGGCCCACUACUCAUCUACGGUCUACGCUAUGCGCUCAUGAGCUACUUUGACUACCGCAUUCGGAACACGGAGCAUUACCUCGAAAAGUUGGAUAAGGAGCGCGACGCCACUAUCGAGCGUCUAAAGGAGGCCACAAAGUACAACUCAACGCAGCAACUGCUGGAGAAAUACGGUGGUGCUUCGCCAAAGCCAAAAGAGUCGGUUCAGGAUGAGGAUGACUCUCCUGCUCGCAGCAGGUCAAGGGGACCCCAGAAGCCGCUACCGCCGCCAGGUCCACGCACUGGCAUAGCUCCUCCGCCUACUGCAAACAUCCACCGACCUCAGCCUCCCCAGCUUCCGACAACUCCGCAACAGGUGCCUUCGAUUGUGACACCUCCACCUCCGCCAUCGCUGCCUCCCCUCAAUGCUCCCGGUGCUGAAUUUGCAUCCAAUGCCUUUGAAUCUCAUCUGAACAAGCAGCAGCAGCAGCAGGAACCUGCCAUACAACCCCCUACAGUCCCUGAAACCCACUGGUACGACCGUAUUCUCGAUGCCCUGCUCGGAGAAGACGAGACGCAGGCUAAGAACCGCUUCGCCCUAAUCUGCACAGAAUGCCGCCUCGUCAACGGCCAAGCACCCCCCGGCGCGCGUACACUGGAAGACGUCGGCCGCUGGCGCUGUGGCGGCUGUAGUGCAUGGAACGGCAAGGAAAAGGUCCGUGAAGACGAUGUUACACGCCUAGUCAAGGGCUGGGAGGCUGAACGCCGUGCGAAAAGCGAGGCUCAUCUCCGCACGCAGAGUCCGGACGGAGGUAUCGAUUCCGACAAUCGAGAGACGGAAGAUGAUGGCAUUAUGAUUGGGGCUGACGAGGGGCUGGGCGUUCACGUUCCCACCGAGAGUACCGAGGAUGAUGAUGCACCAAGGGCAAGGGUUACGAGGAGUAAGUCGAGGGGAAAGGCGAGGAAGUGA